AUGCCAACGGAGCGUAGUAAUACCUACCCGAAUUAUGAGACACCCCAACAUACACCGCAGAAAUGUGGUAUAGCAACUGUACCUAAUGUGACUGAAACACCGCGUGAAGCACGACCACUUGCAGCUGCAGAAGCGAAGACGACAUUGAUUCGCUAUGAGGUUGGGUUGGCGAUGAACAGAGAGAUUUUCGUUUGCGAAGUGGACAUCUUCAUGGACCACUAUCUCCCAGAGGUCAAAGAUGAGACUCAUGCACUCGUACUUGAGGGCCUUCAGAAGAGAAAGGUCCUUGUCCCUCGCCAGACGACUGGAUCUUCAGCCACCACACCAGUAGAGACGACAUCGGGUGCCACUCCACCCUCGCCACCACCUGAGCCCUAUUCACAUGUAUUCAAAUCGUUCAAGCCACCCUGCACAAUGGAGACGACCGGCGACAAUGAUAGGGCGUUGGAGAAUAAGACGUUCAAGCCCUUGACCGCGAUCGGUGCGGCGAUUUGCAACAUUCUCAAACGGGAGGCAGGUAUCAAGCCCAAUGGCUAUGUCAUUCGCAUGUGCGGCGAUAAUCCGUUGAGAUCUCGAAUCAACGGUGGGAACCACAAAAUCGAUGCCUGUAUGACCAAGAAUAAGAAAUGGCAACUUCGGAUUACCGAUGUUGCUGUUGCGUUCGAGUUCAAAGCGAAGCGGGCCAAAGUAAAGGAGAAUCGCCUGCAGAUAGUAUCUCAUUUCAACCACGCCAUGAACGACGAUGCUCGACGCACCUUUAUCCUCGGGAUAACGAUUGAAGACGACCGCGUUUCCCUAUGGUACUGCUCCCGCUCUCACUCCGUGAAAGCAAGGUCGUUCAGUAUGGUUGAGCACGCAGACCUUUAUGUCAAGAUCAUGAUAUCCCUGUUUUGUGCCACCGACGAGCAGCUUGGAUUCGACCCGCUUGUACAGCUAACAAAUGACUACAACUUCAUCUACACGUUCCCUGCAAGCGACGACUGCCCCGAGGCCAAGCACUACCGGACCAAGCACUCCAUUUUCGAAUCACGGUCCCUCGGUCUCGCGGGUCGUUCCACUCGGAUUUGGCAAGUUGAGCUCGUGGACCCGAAGAAUGACUACCUCCAAGUCGCUGGUGUCGAGGACAUGAUCUUGAAGGACGUAUCGCUGGACGCCGACACCCCCACUGAGACGGACAUACAGGAAAGGAUUUUCAGCGACAUUGAGAAACUGAAGGAGGACACCGAGAAUCCAUGGAGAGAGCAUCCCAUGGUGAAGGGUUUUGCUGACGAACACAAAGCCUUCCUAGAAGACCUCUUUGAAGGCGGCGGCGAGAGAUGGAAGGACUUAUUUUCUCGCAUAAUCGCAACAGCCAUCCGGCCGCCCGGACAUUCUGUAGCUCCCCAAGUUUGGGCUGAUGACACUAUAUUCCCGGUUUCAGAGCUCGAUACCUUGUCUGUUAAUCCUUUCCAGACGAUACGACCGACCCCUGGAAUUCAGAAGUCUUGCGAUGAGACCAAGCACGCGGAGAAGCGAACUCUAGGAGAAAUAGUGCCCAAGAAGCGGUGUCUUUACAUCUUUGAGCGUGUUUACACACCGCUUUCCAACAUCUCCACCUUAGGAGAGGCUGUCGACGUCUUGAAGCAAUGCCUCGAUGUGCUCCGACUCAUCUUCUGUGCGGGAUGGGUGCACCGCGAUAUUAGCGCGGGGAAUAUCCUUGCCUGGUGGGAUGGAUCAAAGAAAAAAUGGCAAGUCAAAUUAUCCGAUCUCAAGUACGCGAAGAAAUUCCCAGGCAAGAAAGGCCGUAUGUCGAGUGGUAUACCCAAGACAGGAACACCGUUCUUCAUGGCUGUUGAGAUCCAGGAUGGCGCUCUCCUGCUCCCUCAGGACUUCAUUGAUGAGGUCAUUUCCGAUGAAGAGGACCUGGAUAGCCUUUCUCAGCUUGGGAAGUUCGUGAUGCACACCUUCCAGCAUGAUCUGGAGCCGUUUUGGUGGCUCUUUCUCUGGCUUUCGACGGCGAGAGUAAAUCGAACCCUUCCACAAUUGUUCGCCGAUGCCAUCUUUCAGGCUGGAUAUUUAGGGAAAAAGGAGGCUGAGGCGCAUCUCAAAAGCCGAAAGCUUGCUCUCACAACCAGCCUCCUGACUGACAAGAACUUCCGCCCAUCGCUCCCGGAAGAGAUGAAGCCUGAUUUCACUUUCGCCCUCGAUCGACUCCGCAAGGACUUGGUUUCUGAGUACAGGAAACGCAACGUCGAAGGAAAGCAGGAUGACCUUGGUACCUACUCCUACAUCAUGAGUACGGCCUUCCAAAAGUUUUUCCAGAAGAUCGAAGGGUCCAGGGAGAAAUGGAAUGCAAUUGAGCUACUCGCCGAGCAGGAUGUGACACGUAAAGGGGGAGAAGAUGGACAUGGACUGACAGAACGAGAGCCCGAUUCGGGUUUGUUGCAAAAGCGAAAGGCGACGGAUGAGUUGGAAGCAGAAGACACGAGUGUGAUUGGGGUGAAGAAGGUCACUUUCGCCCUUGAUGUAGAGAAGGACUACGAAGAAGGAACUGCGACGAGCACACUCAGCAGAGGCAGUGUAAAGAAGGUAACAUUCACCUUGGUCCCAGAGCAAGAGGAGGCGAGUGAUGGGCCUGAAGAACCGCAGAAGGGUGUCGAAGAGGGAAAGAGGGCUUCAGCCAGGAUCCAGAGAGAGAACGGGCCAACGACUAGGUCGAUGACCCAGGCUGGAGGUGCAGGCAAGGCGAGAUCGGCUGCCAAACCUCAAGAGAAAUCGAAGAAAGUCGAUCACGGUGGACCUAAGCCUUCGAAGAGAGCUCGUCGUUAA